CUCAAAUCUUCUUUCAAAUCUCCUCUUUUUCUUUUCUUCUUCUUUUUUGGGGUUGGGUUUAUUAUUUUUAUUCAUUCAUUUGUUCAUUUUUUGGGGUUUGGCCUUUUUGGGGUUCCCUAUUUGCAGUGCACUCUAAAUAAGUCACGUAUCAGUUACUAUAGACCACAUUGAAGUCUCCUGUCCUGAAAAGGUUGUAACCUGUUCGUUGUAGGUUUAAAGAACCCCGUCUGUCUAGCUUCGUAGACCUUCUAUAUCUUCAGACACUGCCGUAAAAUCAUAUCCAAUUCUCUUCUUCUCCAUCAGGAAUCAGGACCAUAAAAAUGAUGCUUACAGGAUCCAGUUUUUUGCAAAGAAGUGUCACCCUAUUGGUUCUUGCUGUUGUUGUUGUUGUUCAGGCUGAGGAUCCUUACAGGUUCUUCAACUGGAAUGUUACUUAUGGUGAUAUUUCCCCACUUGGGGUUCGCCAGCAGGGAAUUCUUAUUAAUGGGCAAUUUCCAGGGCCUGAUCUCUAUUCUGUAACCAAUGACAAUCUCAUCAUCAAUGUCUACAACAAUUUGGAUGAACCUUUUCUUCUAUCAUGGAAUGGUGUGCAGCAAAGGAAAAACUCAUUCGAGGAUGGAGUUUAUGGCACUACAUGCCCAAUUCCUCCGGGCAAGAACUUCACUUACAUUUUGCAGGUGAAAGAUCAAAUCGGCAGCUUUUACUACUUCCCAUCUCUUUCUUUCCACAAGGCUGCUGGCGGCUUUGGAGGCAUCAAAAUCCUCAGUAGGCCCAGAAUUCCUGUCCCUUUCCCGGACCCUGCUGGUGAUUUAACCGUUCUUAUUGGAGAUUGGUUCAAGACUGACCACAGGCAAUUGAAAGCAAAGCUAGAUGGUGGUCAUAAGCUUCCUUUCCCUGAUGGUAUUCUGAUCAAUGGUCAUGGGCCUAAUGAUGCAUACUUCACAGUUGAACAAGGCAAAACUUACAGGUUUAGGAUAUCAAAUGUUGGGCUUCAAAAUACACUCAAUUUCCGCAUUCAAGGUCACAAAAUGACGCUGGUUGAAGUAGAGGGAACCCACACGGUCCAGACCAUCUAUGAAUCACUUGAUGUUCAUGUGGGUCAGUCCUACUCUGUGCUGGUUACCAUGGAUCAAGCUGCUCAGGACUUCUACGUUGUGGCCUCAACCCGUUUCACCAACAAGAUCCUUACCACCACUGCCACUCUUCAUUACAGUAACUCAAACAAGGCAGUUUCAGGCCCCAUUCCUGGUGGACCAACGUACCAGAUCGAUUGGUCUCUUAAUCAGGCCCGAUCCAUUAGGACUAACCUAACAGCAAGUGGACCAAGGCCAAAUCCACAGGGAUCAUACCACUACGGUCUCAUUAACAUUACCAGAACAAUCAAGCUAGCAAGCUCAGCAGAUCAAGUCAAUGGAAAGCAAAGAUAUGCUGUUAACAGUGUAUCUUUUGUACCAGCUGAUACACCUCUUAAGCUAGCUGACUACUUCAAUAUUGAAGGUGUUUUUCGAGUUGGAAGCAUCUCAGUUAAUCCAACCGGUAAAAACAUGUACCUUGACACAUCGGUCAUGGGUGCUGACUAUCGAGCCUUUGUUGAAAUUGUAUUUGAGAACCAUGAAAGCAUUGUCCAGAGCUGGCAUAUUGAUGGAUAUGCCUUUUGGGUUGUCGGCAUGGAUGGAGGAUUGUGGACUCCGGAUAGUCGUAAACAAUACAAUUUAAAUGAUGCAAUUUCACGCUCCACCACACAGGUAUAUCCUAGAUCAUGGACUGCUAUUUACAUGGCUCUUGAUAAUGUUGGAAUGUGGAAUGUGAGAACUGAAUAUUGGGCACGGCAAUAUCUUGGACAACAAUUUUACUUGAGAGUAUAUACACCUGUGAAGUCAGUCAGGGAUGAAUAUCCCAUUCCAAAGAAUGCUCUGCUUUGUGGCAGAGCCAUAGGAAAAAGCACAAUACCUCUCUGAAAAAUUUGCAGCCGAAAUUGUUCUGAAUUAACCAUUACAAGUAUAAAAUGACCACAGCAUUAAGGUCUCGGUUCUUUUUCAACAGAAUUUCUAUUUGGUUUGUAACUAUAGAAUUGCCAAUAAAUGCAUUCAAUUAAACAUUCUUUUGCUGAGUAAAGAUUAUAAGGUUCAGUUUCUGUUAUAAACAAUGUGUGUAAAGCUUACUCGACUUUUAAUUUCUUUCAUUCAGGCCAAUUCUGGCCCUU